AUGCAGAAAAGCCGAGUCAUUGCCCUCGCUUCUUUGAACUUGCUACUCAGUAUUUUUGGAACUGUAAUGAAUUCAUUGGUUGCGUUUGUCAUCAUGAAAAACAAAAACCUUCAGAAAGGAUUGAAUCUGUUAAUUUUGAGCCUUGCCACGGCAGAUCUUCUGAACUGUGCCAUAUCACAACCGAUGUACAUACACGCGAUUCUAUACUGUACUGACGAAGCUUCGACGUUUCAGCUAGUGUUAAUAGUGAUCGCACUAAUAACACUGCACGCUUCGACUGCAAACUUAGUGGUUUUAACACUUUACAGGUGGAGAGCUCUCUCACUGCGAUUUGCUCACCAUCGUCUUCUGUCAAAGAAACAGGUCCUCAUUGCGAUUACUGUGGUUUGGUUGCUGUCUAUAUGUGCGGGCGUUUUCUUCGCCACGACGUUGGGAAAACUCGUCUCGCCUUAUCUUCACUUGGCAAUGAUAUUGACUUGGGUUGCAGGGUAUAUCGGGCUUUUUCGUUUGGUUCAAAAACGUAAGAGAAAAAUUGCCUCGUUGGAGGGCUCACCAACGUCACAAUUCCAAACAGCUAGCUUGGAGUAUGAGAACGAAGCGGUGAAGACGUCAGCUAUUUUAGUGGGCUCGUCGUUAAUAUGUUUCCUUCCUGACUUAACAUUCGAAUUUAUGGGACACGCUGAUGAGAACAGAAUGGCUUGGGUAUUUACCGUUUUGUUUUUGAGCUCGUGCUUAAAUCCCUGUCUUUUUAUCUGGCGUAGCCAUCAUUUUAGGGCAGCUCUCGGAAAGGCCUUUCACCAUUUUCCGCGAGACCAGAAAUAA